AUGCGGCUCAUCAACGUGAGGACAAUGGAGCUGGAGGAGUUCCAUGGAGACCAGGUCCCCAGGUACGCCAUUCUCUCUCAUACCUGGGGACAGGGCGAGAUCACAUUUCAAGACUGGAAAGAUCUCAACCUUGCUUCCCAGAAGGCGGGUUUCGCCAAGAUCCUCGGCGCUUGUCGACAGGCCUCUGAGGAUUCCCUGGAGUAUCUCUGGGUGGACACCAACUGCAUCGAUAAGACGAGCUCCGCAGAACUCUCGGAAGCUAUCAACUCCAUGUUUGCCUGGUAUCGCGAUGCCGUGGUAUGCUACGCUUUUCUCAUUGAUGUUCCUACCAUACCCGCCAGUGGUCUAGUUCGUUACGAAGCCUACUGUCAAAGUCGGUGGUUCACGCGCGGAUGGACCUUGCAAGAGCUUCUCGCGCCACGGGAUGUGAUCUUCUUUGAUCAAAAUUGGCAGCAGAUCGGCAACAGGUCGGGGUCGUUAGGGGAGCGGAUAGCUGCCAUAACGCAAAUUGAAGUCCCUUUCAUUACUGGUCAAUCCACUCUCACGCAUGCGAGUGUCGCCCAGAAGAUGUCGUGGCUAUCACGACGUGCCACUACGAGGGUCGAAGACAUGGCAUAUUGCAUGCUUGGAAUCUUUGGUAUCAACAUGCCUCUACUCUAUGGCGAAGGAACAAAGGCCUUUCUGCGCCUACAGGAAGAGAUUGUGAAGAUAUCUACCGACCAUACCAUAUUCUGCUGGAAUUGGGUCGAGUCCGUACCCGGCUCAUGGACCAGCAUGCUAGCCCCUACCCCGGCGGCUUUCAAGUUUUCUGGCUGUUACUUCGAGCCCAAAAGGGACAUCAGCUCACCCGAGAUAUUCCCCUACUCAUUCACCAAUGCUGGUCUCUCCAUCCGGCUUCCUCUUGUUUCAGCUUGGGGCUACUCGUUUGCCCUUCUAGAGGCUCAUCACCCUGGGUCCUCCUGCCAAUUUGCCAUUCCUCUCCGCUAUAUUGUAGAGCUUGGGGCCUUCAGGCGGAUAGCUUUCCCUCCAGGUCCUAUUUCUAUCGAAUCGUGGCUCCCAGAGCCGGCUCGCAAACUGCUCGUGAGGGCGAGACCGAACCCAUUUCAGUUAGAACUAGGAUUUCCCACCACGCCAGAGUUCCAGUAUGGCCUCCUCUUGACUACCUCCAGCAACGUGCUGCAUGACUUAUGGCGCGAUUCAUUUUAUGGAGACGAGUCCCUUCCUACGAGCCUCAAGUGGGAGUUCCCUACAAACAUCAUUACCGCAUAUCCUGCAGGUGUGUGGGACAAUCACCGAAGCUUGAUCAUGUUUCCUACCCAAAGAAGUGGGUCAAGGAAAGUAUUUGCGGUCAUGGUACAGAUUCGAAUGCAACCCGAUUCAGAACUUGUCAUGUUCUUUGCCAUUCGGAUACAUAAGUCUGGCGAGACCCAGUGGUUCUGCAGGUUCUCACCUGAGUCCGCAUGGGAUGAUGAUGACUCUGUGCCCGAGGUACACCUGGAGGCUUUCAAAGAAGAAGUCUCGCACCGAACCGAAAGCAUCAUGUGUUCAGGCCAUUCAUGUCAAAAAUUUCAUCUUGAUAUUCUCUCUGAGCGAAACGUUUCCUCUAACACGGUGGUCCGCUCUGCUCAUGUAUCCACAAAGGGAAGCCACGAGGAAACAGGUCCGAUUACUAUGAUUUGGGAUGGACUAGCCAAUAAGAGAGUUGAGCUGCCAUCAGCCUUAAGAAACUACCUAGUCUAG